CCGCCUACGGACCUUUUGCGCAUGCUCUUCCGCCGGGUGGGGAGACAUUGAGGUACUGUCAUGGAGGACGCUGCGACUCCCGGGCAGUCUGAGGAGGUCCCUGAAAACCAAGUUCAGUCGGCGACAGAUCGGGGAGGAGCCCUGGUGGAGCUUACCCCGACCCCCGGCGGCCUGGCCCUAGUGAGCCCCUAUCACACCCACCGGGCUGGGGACCCCUUAGACCUCGUGGCGCUCGCAGAGCAGGUGCAGAAGGCUGAUGAAUUUGUCCGAGCAAAUGCCACCAACAAACUGACAGUGAUAGCUGAGCAAAUCCAACAUUUGCAAGAACAAGCCAGGAAGGUAUUGGAAGAUGCUCGCAGAGAUGCUGACUUGCACCGCGUAGCUUGUAAUAUAGUGAAAAAGCCUGGCAACAUUUACUACCUUUAUAAACGGGAAAGUGGUCAGCAGUAUUUUUCCAUUAUUUCUCCAAAGGAAUGGGGGACAAGUUGUCCACAUGACUUUCUUGGUGCCUACAAGCUACAGCAUGACUUCUCCUGGACUUCAUAUGAAGACAUUGAGAAGCAAGAUGCUAAAAUCAGCAUAGUGGACAAGUUGCUAAGCCAGCCAGUGGCCCUGCCUCCAAGUCCUGAACCCAACUUCCAGGGACUGACUCACUGAGAGUGGACUCUGACAAACAGCUCUCACGGCAAGGACCUGUCAUCUCCUUGUUGCCCCCAUUCUCUGCCUUGAUGAGAGGUGGCAUGAGAACUGAGGACAUGUAGGUGAAUCAUGAACUUUUUGGAAGGACACCCUGUGUGAUUGUAAUUCUGUCAUUAUUACUUUUAGUGGGGAUGGUAAUGAAUCACAUCAGGCUUUUUUUUGGAUCCUCUCUGGAUCACAGAUACCCAACCAGUCAGUUUCAGCAUACUGGCCAGUGUACUUCUCCUUUACCUCCAUCUGUUCUCUCUAUAAGUCAGAGUAUUAGAGAAAGAAGCAUUUCUUCCCACAAAUGGUUGGCGAGGGUUUUCAGAAAGGACUGUUUUUAGUUUUCUUCUAUAAUUUGUCUUUAAGAUUGGGUUUAGGCUACAGUUGAUGCAACUCCAGCUUCAAAUUCAUCUGGGAACAAGAAAGGGAUAGUGGAGGAUGAUAAACAACUUGGCUUGGCUGCAUUAAAGAAAGUGUGAUUCUGGUAUAUCUACACUACUGGUGAGGUUUGGCUUGACCCUUCUGUUCUUUCUGCCUUGCUGGAGUGACUAGAGAAUCUGAAGCAGCAGUAAUACCCAGGUUUGGGUAGGGUCAGCCUCUAAACUCAGAAUUUUAGGCUUGGAAGGGAGAUUGGAGGCUGCCACUAACCAUUACAUGAAUCCACUCUAUAGCUUCACUGAGGAGGAGAUUCAGAGUUCAGCCAUCUGCAGCAGGACAAAUCCAUUUAAAUAGCAACUUUAAAAUAUUGUGGAAGACAGACUAGGGCAGUGGGUGAGACACAGGAAAAAUAGCCAACCUGUUAAUUAUGAGUUAAUUCACAUCAAAACUUAUUUCAACCUGAGUUAUUUGAGAACUAAACAGUCUUUUUGGCCAAGUUACUCCAGUUCUGAACGUGACUGGACUCUUGUGGGACUCUACCUCACUUCCUGUUUAUUCAGUGGAAUCAACUAAAUUUAUAGCAUUUCCAGCAUGGCAGUACUACUUUCAAUGCCAUAUAAUCUGUCACAGCAUGCUGUAAAAGGAGAGAUGUGUACUUGAAACCACAAUUGCCCAAAUUCCUUUCUGGGGAUGGAUGUCUCAUGCCGAUCUGCUUGGUAAAACCCUAAACCCA